AUCCUACAUUUCCCAUGGUGCCCCGCGCACACGGAAGUGCGUCAUCACGCGUGACCUUGGUUUUCUUCUUCACCUGGAUAUCUAGCAGACGGAGAGGACAAGCAUGGCGAAUAAAGAGCCCGGUGGUUUUCUGCAGCAGCUGCGGCAGAUCGCAGGCAGGAUGUCAUCAGGACCUCGGGGAGCAGGUCUGGGUCUCAAACUGCUGCUCGGUGCAGGAGCUCUGGCUUACGGCGUGAAGGAGGCGACAUACACAGUUGAAGGAGGACAGAGAGCGAUCAUCUUUAACAGGAUCGGGGGCAUGCAGAUGGACACGGUGCUGGCGGAGGGACUCCACUUCAGGAUACCCUGGUUCCAGUACCCCAUCAUCUACGACAUCAGAGCCAGACCCCGAAAGAUCUCCUCUCUCACUGGAAGCAAAGAUCUUCAGAUGGUCAGCAUCGCUCUGAGGGUUCUGUCCCGUCCGCUGGCCUCCAACCUGCCCGUCCUUUACCAGACGCUGGGGCAGGACUACGACGAGCGCGUGCUGCCGUCCAUCGCCAACGAGGUGCUGAAGAGCGUGGUGGCCAAGUUCAACGCCUCGCAGCUGAUCACGCAGCGAGCUCAGGUGUCGCUGCUGAUCCGCAGAGAGCUCUUUGAGCGAGCCAAAGACUUCAACAUCAUCCUGGACGACGUGGCCAUCACCGAGCUGAGCUUCAGCCGAGAGUACACGGCCGCCGUGGAGGCCAAACAAGUCGCCCAGCAGGAGGCGCAGCGAGCUCAGUUCUACGUGGAGAAGGCCAAACAGGACCAGAGACAUAAAAUCAUCCAGGCUGAGGGAGAAGCUGAGGCGGCCAAGAUGCUGGGCGAGGCUGUGACGAAGAAUCCAGGCUACCUGAAACUCAGGAAGAUCCGGGCGGCGCAGAACAUCGCCAAGACGGUGGCGCAGUCCCAAAACAAAGUGUACCUGAGUGCUGACAGCCUGGUGCUCAACCUGCAGGACAGAGACAGCUUCAAUUUAUCGCUGGACUAAGAAGACGGCCGCUCCGUCGUCAAUCCCUCCCUCGCCCAUCUCUACAGAAGAAAACGUGUUUGAACCUCGCUCACACUCCACCGUCGGUGAAGAACCAGACGAGAAGACCUGCAGACCAGCUCGACCGCCCAGCCGCUGUUUCUCUCCGGGCCUUCUCACAGCGGAGGAACAGAAACAUUUCUAUCCAUGAAGGUUUUCUUUGGCUGCUCCACAAACCGCUUAUUUAUAGUAUUUAAGUUAAACAGGAGGCUCCUUCAAAAUAAAAGCACCACACUUCAGGGAGGCUCAGAGUGAAGAGUUCAGGAAGUGAAGCACCAGAACAACAGACGAGAGGGGAUGUGAAAUAAUCAAUGCUAACUUCUCUGGGAGUGUGUGUGCGACUCGUUAAGACACCCGCAGAGUGAUGAUGUCACUGGUACGACUCCUCCUCCUCUAAGUCUCCGAGCGUCUGAGCGUGCAGACAGAUGACGCGUCAGACGGCCGUGUCUCUGAUCACUGUCCUCACAAGUUGAAUAUGCAGAUUGUUUUUCUUUAUUUUUGUUUGUUAAAUGUUUGAAUAAAAGUCUGAAGCUCGAGGGAA